UUUGUUUACGUUUGUGCUUGUUGAACUGGUGAUAUUCUCAAUGAGUUUUAAUUGAAAUUAUCAAUAAAUUCGAACAUGUCCAACGAUAAACGUACUAUUUACGUCGGUGCGUUAGCAGAUGAAGUGACUGAGAAACUACUUAAUGAUGCUUUUAUACCUUUUGGCGAUAUUGCCGAUAUACAAAUGCCGGUUGACUACGAGUCGCAAAAGCAUCGUGGAUUCGCCUUUAUAGAAUAUGAAAUGUCGGAGGAUGCCGCUGCAGCGAUAGAUAAUAUGAAUGACUCGGAACUUUGUGGUCGCACGAUACGUGUGAAUCUCGCCAAGCCAGUGCGCAUUAAAGAAGGAAGCUUUAAGCCUGUCUGGGCUGACGAUGAUUGGUUGCAGAAACAUGCCGGCGCGACACUUAAAGAUGAUGAAGCUGAAAACACAGUUGGCACUAAUGACGAGAGCGCCGAUACAACUGCUAGCAAGCCUAGUGGACCCGUGGUUAUUGAGAAAGCAGAGAAACGUAAUCCUCAAGUUUUCUUCGACAUACGAAUAGGUGGUCAUGAUGUGGGUCGCAUUAUAAUGUUACUGCGCGCCGACGUAGUGCCGAAGACAGCGGAAAAUUUUCGUGCGCUCUGCACGCAUGAGCAAGGCUUUGGCUAUAAAAGUAGUAUUUUUCAUCGCGUCAUACCAGAAUUCAUGUGCCAAGGUGGUGAUUUUACUAAUAACAAUGGCACUGGAGGAAAGUCUAUAUAUGGCAAGAAAUUUGCAGAUGAAAAUUUCACUCUCAAACACAAUGGCUUUGGUACGCUAUCAAUGGCUAACUCAGGACCCAACACAAAUGGCUCACAGUUCUUUAUCUGCACCACUAAAACGGAUUGGCUAGACAACAAACACGUGGUUUUCGGACAUGUAAUUAGCGGAGCAGAUGUAGUACGAAAAAUGGAACGAUGUGGAAGUAAGGCGGGUACCACAACACAAAAAAUUGUAAUAUAUUCAUGUGGAGAAUUGAAAUAAACACGAAUAUUUUCAUUUAAAAA